UUGCUUUGAAUUGCUUGUGCUUAUCUGACCUUUUCUCGUCGUGUUUUCUCUUGAGCCGUCUUUCGGAAACAACCUCCUUAUCUUCCGAGAUAGGGGUAAGGUUUGCGUACACUUUACCCUCCCCAGACCCCACAUUGUGGGAUUUCACUGGGUAUGUUGUUGUUGUUGUUGGUUGAUUAAAAUACAUUGCUCCUUGAAUGACAGGCUAGGAAUUUCAAAUGGAUUGACAAUUGGGAUGUUAAAAGUAUUUUACAGAUUAUUGAUUGAACUGCAAAAAUUUAACGUAUGCUUAGCCACAUAGAUUAAAUUUUCGCUUGUAUUUAACUAUAUCAUGAAAGUACUGUUUACUGCCUGUCUUCCCCUUCUUCAAUGGGUUGUUGUUUCAUUAAGCAUGAACAAUUUUUUUUUUUUUUGCUUUUUUGUACAAAAUGAUUAUUUAGUGAUAUUUUUUGAGAUUAUUUAUUGCUUGUGGUUGGAUGCGCUUUUGAUUAUCCUGAUGUUGUGAUGAUGAUGAAGAUAAAAGUCUCCUAGAUUUCAACAUGAUCGUAUGUGUAUACGUUUGUGUGUUUUCUUAUUUUUGUUGUUGAUUUUGCAGGAAAAAUGAACAAAAUUAGAUUUUGGUUGAGGGUUGUCAAACAGAUUGCUCCUUGAAUUCAUAGUUUGGUCUGUUUAUUUGCUAUCUCUGUUGUUGAUUUUACAGGAAGAUUUAACAAAAUUAUAUUCUGGUUGAGGUUGAUCGAACACAUUGCUCCUUGAAUGUUUAGGCUACGAAUUUCAUAAUGGAUUGGCAAUUGAGCUGUUAGAUUAUUCUACAGAUUAUUAAUUUAACUGCAAAUUUGCUGAGUCCGUGAAUUAGGUUAAGGUAAAGAGGAAUUACGGAUAUUUUCAAAUCUCAAUAUUUAGCUUACCCACUCCCCUAAAAAGUUUACAAACAGAUUGAACCAGUGUAUGUUAGUUGAAGGAGCAAUAACUGACUCAAUCUCAUUUAUUUUUGAUAGUUGGAGUAGGUUAUACCGUUAUAUGAGUCUUAUACAUUAAACAUACAAUCUGCUUUAGGGCAUUUGAUCAGAUUUUUUUUUUACAUGCUUUUGUGAUCAGAGAGCAAAAUGGAGUGCAAUGAUCAGUGAAGAUUCAUAUAGCCUACCCCAACUUGCUUGGCAUUGAUGGAUAGUAGUUGUUGUUGUUGUAUUUUGUGAUCAGAGGACAAGCUAAUAACGGACAGAAUCAGAGCAGAAUGGAAGCUGAGAAUGCAUAUACACUUCCCAUCUAUGAUACUUUUAACAUUGAGAGUUCUACGACUGGAAUGGAGAACCUUGAUUUUUCUGCAAAGAUUUUGGAUAUCCCUGAUUGUGUUGAAAAUGAGAAUUCUCAUUUGGCAAAUGAAUGUGAGGAAGCGGUUGUCCUUGACAGUGACGAUGAAAGAAUGCACGGUACUGAAGUGGAAAGUAUAUCAAAGUUGAGAUCUUCUGAUGAUACAAGGUAUAAACAGCGGCUGGAUAAGUGGAAAUUCUCACCGGCUUCUCGACCAACCUAUGUGGGAUGUCUACGGAGGUCAAAGAAUCUUUUUAAAUAUAUGGAUUCAGCCAAAAGCACCACCAAUUUUGAGAAUACUAAUCAACAGAAGCAGUUUUCUGAGGUUAGUGGCAGGAUAUCUUCACAAGUUGUUAAAAUAAAUGCUAGUACAAAACCAAGAGUUGAAGAGCAUUGUUGUCAGGCUGUUGAAAUAACCAAGAAUGAAAUUUUCGAGGGAAAUGUGGAAACGGAAGCCUUAACUGGUUAUGGUGUGGAUGGAGAUAAAGAUUUUCCACUUCAUUCUUGUAACACUGAAUCUCAAAUACCUGAAGAGUUAUCCGAAGCUAGCGCUCUGGACUUCGUUGACCACUAUCUAUCAGUUUACAAUGAAGAUGCACUCAAUGAAGUCAAAGCUGGAGGGGCAAAUAAGAUUGUAUCGCCUCCAAUUUUCAGCCGUAGGGGACCUCAAAGAUUGGCAAGAAGAAUGAAUGUUCAAAAUACAGUAAAAAACUCCGGAGUUUUUGACUGGCCUGAGAGGCAGACUGAUAGUGCAAAUGGUUCUUUUUCAAGACACAGAAAGAUAUUGACCUAUCACAGAAAGAACUACGCACUGAAGAAACAAAAAGUAUCAGGUGUCCAAUCUAGUAAGGAGCCAAUGGAAAGUAUGAUAAGCAAAUUGGAUAAGCAGUUUGAUAUGGGGGCAUUUGAGCAACAUGUUGAAAAUGACGGAAAUCGAUCAGAUGUAUUAGAUACAUAUGAUGUUGGCUUUGAUACUCAAAUGGCUGCUGAAGCUAUGGAAACUCUGCUAUAUGCCCCUCCUUUGAAAAGUGAUGCUGUUUGUGCCCCUCGCUUUCCAGAAACAAGCCUAGCUAAAGGAGGGGAAUAUCCUGAGAGAGGUUUCUCAGGAGAGUUUAACAUCGAUGAUAGUUCAUCAGAACCUAUUGAAUGUAGCUCAGCUGAAAUAGAGCAAUUAAGAGGCAAAACAAGAGGUUUUUGUUCUGUUGUUCAAAGUUCGGCAAGCAGAAUGAAUGUCCAAAAUGCAGUAAAAAACUCCGAAGUUUUUGACUGGCCUGAGAGGCAAAGUGAUAGUACAAAUGGUUGUUUUUCAAGACACAGAAAGAUAUUGACCUAUCACAGAAAGAAUUGCAGACUGAGGAAACAAAAAAUAUCAAGUGUCCAAUCCAGCAAGGGGCCAAUGGGAAGUAUGACAGAUUUAAAUAAGGUGGAACCAAACUUCCUAAGGAAAUCAGAUCAGCAGUUUGAUAUGGGGGCAUUUGAGAAACAGGUUGAAAAUGACGGAAAUCAAUCAGAUGUAUUAGAUACAUAUGAUGUUGGCCUUGAUACUCAACUGGCUGCUGAAGCUAUGGAAACCCUGCUACAUGCCCCUCCUUUGGAAAGUGAUGCAGUUUGUGCUCCUCACAUUCCGGAAACCAGCCUAGUUAAAGAAGGGGAAUAUCCUGAGAUAGCUUUCUCAAGAGAGUUUAACAUUGAUGAUAGUUCAUCAGAACCUACUGAAUGUAGCUCAGCUGAAAUAGAGCUGUUACGAGGAAAAACCAGAGGUUUUUCUUCCGUUGUUCAUAGAACUAGGCAUCAAGUGUCUCUAAAUUUCAGGAGCUUGGAGUCUGAAUUUCCAAAGAAAAGAAGGAAGCCACAUGAGGUAGGAGAGUUAAAUGACAAUUUGUUCAAAGUGGCUGCUGUAAGAGGAAAAGUUUCCAAAUCAGGUACCAACACCUCAAGGAACGCUAGAAAUGUUAGCCUGAAGAAACAAGGAGAAAUUCGUCAAAGUGUAGCAGCAACAUUGAGUCAAGUGAAACUGGAAAACUGGGCCUCUAAAGGGAAAAGGACACGUAUAUCUUAUUCCUCAAUUUGUAAAUAUCCCGUCACAAGUCAAAAGAUGAUGCCCAUGGACUUCAAAAGAGUUGAAUCUGCUGAGUCUGCCAAAUUAAAUGAAAUGACCUCUACAUCCACUAAUAUUUUGACAAAGGACAUGAUAUCUGACAUAGUGUCAAGUGGAAACUCAGAUCCAUCAUACAGUCUUAAUGAUCACAAGAAAGGCAAGCAACACAUGAAAAGUCUCUCUAGAUCAACUCUUUCUCAAGAGCUUAUUAGAUUGGGCUAUGCAGAGAAAUUACCUGAUUUUCUGCCCAGAGGUUUACGACGAAGAAAAGGUGAAGGUGACAUUCGUGUCUUAUUUAGCCAGAGCCUGGAUAGCAAAUUAAUCAAGCAGCAGAAAAAGAUUUUAGCAAGACUGGGAUUUAUCUCCGCGUCGAAUUGUUCUAAAGCCACACACUUUGUCACUGACAGCUUUGUUAGAACUAGGAAUAUGCUAGAGGCCAUUGCCUGUGGAAAACCAAUUGUAACACAUUUAUGGCUUGACAGCUGUGGGAGAGCAAGCUGUUUUGUUGAUGAGAAAAAAUAUAUCUUAAGAGAUGCCAAAAAGGAAAAGGAACUUGGUUUUACGAUGCCUGCUUCACUUUCUCGUGCUAGAAAGCAUCCCCUUCUAGAGGGUCAAAGAGUCAUUAUCACUCCAGGUGUAAAACCUGAUAGAGAUACCCUUCUAAGUUUGGUCAAGGCAGUGCAUGGUGAGGUGGUGGAUGAAUCUAAUAGUAAAAUCACUUAUGAUGACCUAUUAGUUCUUUCCGGCGAAGAAGAUCACAAAAUAUGCCUUCCAUAUCUGGAAAAAGGAUUUCCGGUUUAUAAUUCAGAGCUCUUGCUUAAUGGGAUUGUUAUCCAGAAACUGGAGUACAAUAGGCAUCAACUGUUCUCAAAAUUUCAUGACAAAAGCUGUAAAGAAUGAACGACAGUCCUAUAUUGACAAGGACGAGCUUUUUUCACAACGGAAGCUUCGCACCCAACUACUUGUAUAUUGGUUGAAAAAUGCUACUAGUCCAAGAACAGAUGAUAAUAUCCUUAGCUGGGAAGAUGUAUUUCUGGUUAUAUUGGUACAGCAACUAAGUUCUCAUAGUUUGUCCAGAAAAAAGUUGUCAUGUUAUCUAUUCCCUUGUAAAUUUACUUGGUUUGCUAAUGGAUAUUAUAACCCUUGAACAAAUGUAAAUGCACAAUGUUCUUUUUGUUUUUGUUA